ACGUCACUUCCUAUAUUUUAAAAAUGGAGGACUUCAAUGGCGGAAUGCUCGAAUUCAUAACAAAGAAGUAGCUAGGGACUUUAAUUACCCAGAAAGUAAUUCAACGUUAUUUCUCCACAUGAUAGAGAAGACGUUCCUACGGCUGUGAAUAAAAUAUAAUUUGACUGUAAAUCUGUUGCUUCUGCCCUGCAAAUAGCGUAGCAUUUUAAAGAACGGUACGCUCUUAAAGGGGUGAUAUAUUUAGCUAACCCGGUAACGUUAGCUAGACAAACUCAACAAAUUAGGCAGCUAAUUUCGCUGUAUUUAAGCGACAUCUUGGAUUAUUGCCCAGAGAUCUUCAAUGGAUAUGUAAUGCUUUUUUCCCGCUGCGAUGGAGGUCCCACAUUUAAUAUCCGGUUACCUGUCGGUAGUUAGAAACCUCUAUCAGGUAUGCAAUGAUACCGCCACUGUGUUAUCACUGGGUCUAUGAUGAACACCCGUGUGCAGAACGUACGCUCCCAACAGUGCAAAUGUGACUGAUACGUUGGGAUGUUGACCGGGAACGUUUGAAAUAGUAAUGAGUGAACUCUGCUCUGCUGCAUAGUUUCCCCAGCGGCAUCGCUAUCCUCCCUUAAACUAUCGCCAUGAGUAACAAAAGAAAAAAAGCACCACCGGUCAAGGUGGAUGACGAGGCAAAGAAAAGGUUGAACUGGAAUAUGCACGAAGACCGGAGGAACGAGCUUGAAUCGCUUCCGACACAAAGUUCUGAUGUGACAGCAGAUUGUAUUCCCGUCCCUAGUGAGGAACCGAGUUGUUCUAAAACUUUUCUCUCUAUUGUAGAAGAGCCAGAGUUGGUUCUCUCUAAGGAAGGUCUUGUAAGUUUGAGUUAUAUCCCUUCUGCAAGUGAAGAGACACCUGACCCCUGCAUCAACUAUACACCACAAAUUGAGCUUGGUUCCGAGCCGAGCAGCUCGGCAAAUAGUGCCACAAGUGAUUCUGUUGUCCUACCCCUAAUUGCCGUCUCCGAUUUGGAUGAGACCUGGAGGGUACUAAUCGGAGAGUUCAAUCUCCGCGCCCAGUUCCCGCUGGUGGUGGACAAUAGCCAGCAGUGGACACUUCAGAGGACCGGUGGUAGACUGUGCUUGUGUGCGUCUGGUACUCAGGAGGUUGGAGACUGUAAUAUGGAGGUUCCGAGCCUGGAGUGCAUAAGCCCAGUGGGAGGAUCUUUCGGCAGGGUACAGCUGGAGGAGUUGGACUGGCUUCAGAAGAGGAGGAUCAUCGAGCUCAGUGUCCAACUUGAAGAGAACUAUGUUAAGUUGCCAGUGUAUUUGCUGGAGGCUGGACUAGGCCACCCCGCCUCCCUCAGCGAAGGAAGCGGCCGCAUGAAGAAGGCACAUCAGCUGAUCCAGAAACUCAUGGAACACUUUUAUGACUUCAUCAUUCCAGAGGUGAUGGACGACCAGAACGAGGACAGCGACAUUGACCUGGAGCGACAGAAUGUGGAAGAGCUGUACGAUUGUGUGCGGCAUCAUCACCAGCACCAGCAUGAAGCGCAGGGCGAGGGCUUAGACCUGCAGCAUGAGGCCCUGGUGCCCGUGCUCCGACCCUACCAGAGCCAGGCUGUCAACUGGAUGCUGAGGCGAGAGAAGUACAACAGGAGUGUCUCUGCAGACGUACCAUCGUUGCAUUUCCUGUGGCGUGAAGUUGUGACUCUGUGUGGAAAGAAGCUGUACUACAACAUCUACACAGGCUGUCUGAUCCUGGAGUUUCCUCAGGCGGGGCCUGAUUGGCCGGGCGGUAUCCUGGCGGAUGAGAUGGGUCUGGGGAAGACGGUGGAAGUGCUUGCUCUCAUUCUGUUCCACACAAGACAGGGCCUAGAGAACACUGCCCCCUGUCUCCCUGAGGGAAUUAAAGUAAACUACUUUGUGCCUCCCCCGCCACUGGAGAAGGAAAACGGCACACCACGCAAGCGUGAGCCCCAACCCAAGGAGAGAAUCUCUUAUCCUGCUGUUCGUGUCAUGAUUCUCACCGCCAUCAAAGAGAUGAAGGUGGGCAAGGGAGCCUCCAUCAACGCCAUCUUCGCCUACCUGCGCACCAUGUUCGGGUACGACCCCAUAAAGAACCGCAGCCACAUCAAGAAGAGCCUCGCCAAGCUCAUCGGUGAAGAGCUCGUGGAGCAGGUUAAAGGUCGAGGCCUGGCCGGAUCCUUCAAGUUCGGGAAGAAGUACAAGGCGACACAGAAGAAGACGACACCAAGCAAACAAGCAAAGCCUCAGAUCCCCAGUGGGGACAUCACUCCUCGGAGAACAUCACGCAGGCGCUCUGCUCAGGAGAAGGGUGCGGCCGUGACCUCUGACCUCUCAGAAGGAAUGGACACAGACGCAGUGCCUGUGGGUGAAGUUCAGGACAUCAACCAGGAGCUGGAGCCCACCGGUGAACAUGCCAACGUCCCUCCAGCAGGGAGCGCUGAAGAGCACCCCUCUGAGGAGGACAAGGAAGAGCAGGUGAAGACCUCAGCCAAGCUGGAAGGUCAAGCUGACCCCCAGGCUCUGGCGGAAGAGGAGUGUCGACCCCCCGGUGAAGAAGUGAAGGACUUUCCACAGCCCUCCUCUGUCCCUGAGCCAGACUACCACUUCGAGUGCAUCUGCGGGGAGACGGGUCUGCUUGACUACAAGGCGCGUGUCCAGUGCCUGCACUGCCUGCUGUGGCAGCACGCCGACUGUGUCAACUACAAGCAGGAGAGCCUGGACACCACGCCGUUCUACUGCCCACACUGCCUGGUGGCCAUGCCGCCCGUGCCCACCGGCGCCACCCUCAUCAUCUCGCCCAGCUCCAUCUGCCACCAGUGGGUGGAGGAGAUCAACCGCCACAUCCGCUCCUCCUCGCUGCGCGUGCUGGUGUAUCAGGGUGUAAAGCGUCACGGCUUCAUCCAGCCGCACGUGCUGGCCGAGCAGGAAGUGGUCAUCACCACGUACGACGUGCUGCGCACCGAGCUCAACUAUGUGGACCUGCCCCACAGCAACAGCGAGGACGGCCGCCGCUUCCGCACGCACAAGCGCUACAUGGCCGUGCCCAGCCCCCUGGUGGCCGUGGAGUGGUGGCGCGUCUGCCUGGACGAGGCGCAGAUGGUUGAGUGCACCACUGCCAAAGCUGCUGAGAUGGCCUUGCGUCUGUCCUCUGUGAACCGCUGGUGCGUGAGCGGGACGCCUGUGCAGAGGGGAUUAGAAGACCUGUACGGCCUGGUGCUGUUUCUGGGUGUGGACCCGUAUUGGGUGAAACACUGGUGGGAGCAGCUGCUGUACCGCCCGUAUCGCCGUGGAAACACGGAGCCCCUGUACAGACUCAUGGGCCGCUUGCUGUGGCGCUCGGCCAAGAAGGACGUGAUUGACCAGAUCCAGAUCCCCCCUCAGACGGAGGAGAUCCACUGGCUGCGCUUCUCGCCCGUGGAGAGCCACUUCUACCAGCGGCAGCACGAGGUCUGCUCCCAGGAUGCACUGCACAAGCUGCGCAAGAUCUCUGACUGGUCGUUGCGCCUGAGCAGCCUGGACCGCCGCACCGUCAGCACCAUCCUGUGCCCACUGCUCCGUCUGCGCCAGGCCUGCUGCCACCCGCAGGCCGUCCGCGGAGAGUUCCUGCCCUUCCAGAAGAGCACCAUGACGAUGGAGGAGCUGCUGAAGUCCCUGCAGAAGAAGUGCCGUGUGGAGUGUGAGGAGGCCCACAGGCAGCUGGUGUGUGCCCUCAACGGCCUGGCUGGGAUCCACAUCAUCAGAGAUGAGUUUGGGGAGGCCGUGGAGAUGUACAGAGACGUGCUGCGGUCAUCAGAGGAGCAUAAAGGGCGACUGAAAACAGACUCCUUACAGAGACUCCACGCCACGCACAACCUGAUGGAGCUGCUCAGUGCAAAGCAUGAUGGGAUACCCCCAACUCUUCGGGAUGACCGACUAAAAGAGGAGGCAGAGCAACUGAGGCAACACUACAUGACGAAAUCCAACUCAGAGGUGUCUGAAGCACAGCAGAACCUGCAGCCCGUGCUUCAGAACAUCAAAGAGCUCAAACGCAAAGUGAACCUGCGCUCCCCCUGGUGGAUGGAUGUCAUAGCGCAGGCCAUCAAGUACUCCAUGGACGACGAGCUGGUCCAGCGCAUCCAGAAUGAGCUCACCUGCAGCUACAAACAGGAAGCCAGCAAAGUUUCCAUGGCAGACAAGUUCCGAGAUGGUCGUGGCCUGCAGUAUCUGCUCACCACGCAGGUCGAUGACCUCCUGAAGUCCCAGAAGGUGGUGCAGGAUGCUGUCAAGAGGCUGGAAGGCACGCCCUCGCAGGCCAUCAUUGAGGAAACCACCAUGUGUCACCUGAGGCCCGUCCGUCUGCCACUCAACAACUGUGUGUUCUGCAAGGCUGACGAGCUCUUCACUGACUACGAGUCCAAGCUGUUUUCGCACACGGUCAAAGGUCAGACGGCCAUCUUUGAGGAGAUGAUCGAGGACGAGGAGGGCCUGGUAGACGACCGCCUGCCCACCACCAGCCGGGGCCUGUGGGCGGCCAGCGAGACGGAGCGAGCCCUGAAGGCCAUGCUGGCGUUCGCCCGCGCCCGCCGCCUGGACGCCCAGCUGCUGGAGGAUGCCAGCACCUUCAUGGAGCUCUUUGAGUCCUGGAAGAAGGAGUACAAGGUGUUGCAUGAGUACUGGAUGACCCUGAGGGACCACGUGUCGGCCAUUGACGAGCUGGGCAUGGCCACGGAGAGGCUGCGCGUGCGGCUGCCCGACGAGCCCAAACAGAAGGUCCUGCACAUCAUAGAGCCACACGAGGUGGACCAGAACAGGGCCAAGCUGCUGAAUGACCGGGCAGUGGCCAAAUCCCAGCUGCAGAAGAAGCUUGGCCAGUUACUCUACCUCACCAACCUAGAGAAGACUCAGGAUAAAUCCACAGGGGGGCUGAACCCAGAACCAUGUCCUAUCUGUGCCCGUUCCCUCGGUCAAGAGUGGGCCGUGCUGACCUGUGGCCAUUGCUUCUGUAACGAGUGCAUCGCCAUCAUCAUGGAGCAGUACAGCGUGGGCUCGCGCCGCAAGGCCAUAAAGUGUGCCAUCUGCAGACAGACCACCUCCCACACCGACAUCUCCUACGUGUUCACCACCCAGAACGACGGCAGCGGAGAGGACAUCCCCGUCAAGGGCAGCCACUCCACCAAGGUGGAGGCCGUGGUCAGGGUCCUGAAGAAGAUUCAGAUGGCGGACCCAGGAGCCAAGUCUUUGGUGUUCUCCACGUGGCAGGGGGUGCUGGACAUCAUAGCCAAAGCACUGUUCGACAACAAUAUGGAGUUCUCCCAGAUCAACGGCAUCCACAAUUUUCAGAAAAACCUGUGUGCUUUCAAAUAUGAGGAGAAGAUCAACAUCCUGCUGCUGCCACUGCACACGGGCUCCAAUGGGCUCAACAUCAUUGAGGCAACUCACGUGCUAUUGGUAGAGCCCAUCCUAAAUCCCGCCCACCAGCUGCAGGCUAUUGGCCGUGUCCACCGCAUAGGCCAGACAAAACCUACCUUUGUGCACAGGUUCCUCAUCAGGUCCACCAUAGAGGAGAAGAUGCAGGCCAUGCUCAAGACGGCCGAGAAGAGCCACACUGCCACCGCCACCAUGAAGCACUCGGAAGCGUCCGUCUUCACUGUAGCUGACCUGGCCGAGCUCUUCACGGAUGAUCCACAGAGCCUGGAGGACUGAAGAAAAGAAAAAAAGAAUGAAAGAGAGAGCGAGAUGAGAGAGGAAAACAAUUUGUGAAUGGAAGUGCCGAGGAAGUGUCUUUGUAGUGCCAAUGCAUGGAAAAGGAGAUUUUAUGAAAGGAGUCUCCCGACACUAUCGCUAUGCAAAAGGCUCAGCUUUCUGGAAAAGACAUUUUAUUAUUUAUCCACUGUUGUAUUGAGUGUAGAGGGAUCGUAUCAUGUGUAGAUCACUGUCAGUGCUGUAUCUCUGAAGAAAUCUUGUAGAAUCAGCUGGUGCUCUUAUUUUAAACUUGGUUUAGUAUUAUUUUAAACUUGGUUUAGUGUCAUUUUAAACUUCCCUUGUUCACCUCAGGUUACCUUUUCCUGAUGUUCCGAAAUCUCAGAUUCUCACUCACAAAAGGAGGGAUUGUAGAAGUUUUGGGUGCUAUCCAGUUUGUGAGCUGCCCUAAUUAAUGAAGCGCAGAGCAAAGCAGAUUAGCAGACCUGUUUGUUUUAUGAGGUCUCUCUGCCAGCACGGUGGAAUGAGUUGAUGUGCCUGUGUUGCUGUUCUGCUCCUUCCCUCCUAAGACUUAUGGGAAAAAUAGAGUCUCGGAUAAUCUUUUUAUAAAGAUUAUGUUAAUGACCGAAAUCCCCUUGAAAUGAAGAAAAGAAAAACAACUGCACCCAGCCUCACAAGCGAGAGACUUGAUAGACAGUGUCUAUCCUCUUUAGCGACAGAGGACAAAUAUUGGGCCCCAGGCUGAGUGAGUGACAUUGGUAAGCAGAGAGGCAUGUUUGGAUGGGCGUGCACUGAGGGCCGUGCAUUGCGCGCGCGCGUGUGCUCUGCCAAGCCGGGGCCUGAUUAUGUCUGUGUUGUAAAGUGUAUUGAGGAAGGAAGUGGUGAGUGUUUACAGCGAGCGGGAGACGGGGGAAUGGAGGGUCUUCUCUCUCUCUCGGGCUGAAGCGUCUUUCAGCAUCUGUCUGGAGGGCCCAGGGCCUUAAACGGAGCCAGACCUGUGUUUUAGCAGAUCUGAUUUGCAAGACAAAAACAAACAACAACAAAAAAAAGCAAAAAAAGGGGUCUGCAUGAUUCAGUGUCAGUAAAGAAACAGCUCCCGUAAAGAAAUCUCGUUAAAAGCGGGAAAGGGAGAAUAAAAGAGGGGAAAAAAUGUUUUCUAGCAGGAGGUGUUGUCAGGGGAUGUGUACAGAGGACCGGGGAAGGGGCUUGUGGAGGAAUGAGAUGUCUGUUAGUGUCAGCUCAGAUACAGUAACAAUAACAAUAACACACAUACCAGCAAUACCACACUGGGACUUUCAGAAUCAUCAUUUUCACACAGUUUGUACAGUUUUACAUCAUGAUCUUGUGAUACCGGAUUGUAGACCAAAUGCUGAUGUUUGACCUAAGAGGGUGAAGAUGCUAUUUAAUGGUGUUUGACAUACCAUCGUGACCAAAUGAAAGAAAAAGAACAAUUGCUCUACUUGUCUUUAAUGCAAUCUGUUGAACCUGGUUUACUGGUACUGCAAAUAUUUGACGAAGUGACCGAACUUGAGUUGGAAAGCACUUUACGCUUCUAUUAAUUCUUCAUUCCUUUGCUAGAUUAUAUUGCGAUUCAGUAUAACUAUAACCACUGAGAUGUCCCGUGCUGAAAAGUUUUAACAAUUCACAAAACAUGUACUGUGCCGUUUAUUUGUUCAUGUUAUUAUUUGAUCUUCUGUGAAUGCAUAACUGUAAUUUGCCAAUAAAAUGGGGGAAACUGAAAUAGA